UACGAAAACAUAAUUUUAUAUUAUUUUAUUAACCAAUGAAAUCUCCCACAGAUCGGCGGACGUCCCACAUGACUCGCUAACAAAACAUAAAACAUUCAAAAUGGUGGAGAGUCAAACACAACACUUCUGCCUGCGGUGGAACAACUACCAGCGCAGCAUCACUAGCGCCUUCGAGAACCUUCGGGAUGACGAGGACUUCGUGGACGUGACCCUGGCGUGCGAUGGGAAGAGUCUGAAGGCGCACCGCGUCGUGCUAUCCGCUUGCAGCCCGUACUUCAGGGAGCUGUUGAAAUCAACGCCAUGCAAGCACCCAGUGAUCGUGCUCCAAGACGUGGCCUUUACGGACCUGCACGCGCUGGUCGAGUUCAUCUACCACGGCGAGGUCAACGUGCACCAGCACAGCCUUUCCUCGUUCCUCAAGACCGCUGAAGUGCUGCGCGUAUCUGGACUCACGCAUAAUGACGGAGCUCAGACUGCGCCGCUGCUGCAGACGAUGCGCACCUCAGCAGCACCAUCUCCACAUACUCCGCCGCACACCGCGCACUCAAGCCACAUGCCACACACGCCCAACUACACCGAGAAACUCGAGGAGGCCCUCCUCCAACCAUCCUCUAGCGUGCCGCCGAUGAUGCGCAGGAUCCCGCUGCCGCCCCCGCGCCGCAUGAGCAGCUCAGCAGACAACUCCCCUGACGUCAUCAAGCGCCCCCGCCACGACAACAAUAACGAACAGCCACAGAUACAUGCAGCAGACUUCUCCACAAAGAACCACUCGAUGGUGAACAACCGAGCCCACGCCGAGCCCGGAAACAACGGCAACGGCAUCAGCAACAGCAGCUCGUCCCCGUCCCCCCGGCUGAUCGACGAGGUGAAGAACGAGCCCCUGGACAUGAUAUGCCCCUCGAACCCUGAUAUAGACAGGAGCACUGAUGAUACACCGCCGCAUUCCCAUCAUCGGCCAAUGGGAGGAGGCCCUCCAUCACGCGGCAGCUCAGCGGAUGCUGAAGACCGCACGCCACCACCGCAGCUGCCGCCUUCGCCGUUCAUACCGCCACCAGACACCAAGCUCUUCACUCCCUCUAACACCUACAACUUCACCAUGGAAGCCCUCACUCAGCAUCCAGGACUUACCAGUCUGCAGAGCCCGCUGUCCGCCGACGGGAUGGCCAGCACGUCGCAAGUGGGCCCACUGGGCGCGGGGCACCGGUGCGAGGUGUGCGGCAAGCUGCUGUCCACGCGGCUGACGCUCAAGCGGCACACGGAGCAGCAGCACCUGCAGCCGCUGCACUCGGCGCGCUGCAGCCUCUGCCACAAGGUGUUCCGCACGCUCAACUCCCUCAACAACCAUAAGAGCAUCUACCACCGGCGCCAGCGCGCGCCGCACCAGCCGCAGCCGCAGAACCUCACCACCAGCCCGGACACUAAAAUCAAUCCCCAACACAACAUCGACUUCUAUAAGUUCAAAGAUCAGUUCAACGUGUAAACACUACCGCUGAACCCAAACAAUUCUUCUAUUACAUUAUAUUUUACAUAUUAUUGUUUCGUUUCGAGAACGGUUAUAUUUUGUGUUCAGAUUUAUAUCGAUAUAUUUAUUUGAAUCUUUGAACUUGUAGGUAAGGGUUGAUCAUGACAAACAUCACAAGGCUAAGACAUUCCAAUAGACGUGCGGACGAGAGUGUAGGGAGUACCAGAGCUCCCUCGCGACCAGGCGCCGAGGGGGCUGACUGUGCUACGACGCCCUAUAAGUGCAAUACUGCGGUAUAAAUAAUUCCUUAAAUUUUUACACUAUGUUAAAUAUGCGACAAUAAGGCGAAGAAAAAAAAAAGAAAAAUUAAAUAUUUUGAGAAAAGAUGAAAAAUCUUGGUGCUGUAAAUUUAUAUAUUUAGGCUUAAAUUUAUAUUAAAAUGGAACAGUGUUCGUAUAGGAAACAAAAGAGGCAUAUUGUUUCGACGUUGUGUUCAUUUUUUUGGCAAUUUAUUUAUUCUGUAUUUACCUGCAUGAUCUCACUCUUAGAUAUUUAUACGAGAUUACUAAAAAAAUAUUUAAAAAAUAUUAAAAUUAUAUACACAGAUUAUAUAAUUGGCUUAUGAGGCUUUUCAGAUUUUUUUCUUUAUUUUAGGUGAUUUUUUGUUUGUUUUAAGACUGAAAUUCUCAGAUAGCACCAACAGUGAGGCAUGGUUUUAUUUUUUAUUUUUCUGAUGAAAUCCAUCCGCAGAUAGCACGACACAGAUCAAAACC